UGGAAUUCGGAAAGGAGACACAAAAGUCUCUUCCUCUGUCCAAAACUCCAAAUCAUCACCAUUUCCUCUGACACUAUCCUUCAAUCUUCAUCAUCAACAUUACAUUGUGACUUUUGGCUCUCACUUAAAGCCAUACUUCAGCCAAUCAAAUACAAGACUAAUAGUCAAUUAUUUGUUACAGUAAAUCACUGAUUUUUCCUUUUCUUUAUUCAACAAACCCCAUUUAUUUUUAAUUAUAUACUCCAUUUCUUUCGAUGCUUUCAGUUCGUAGAUUAAUGGCGGCGACAAUUUCUAAUUCACUCGCACUCAAGCAUGGCUCUUCUCUAUGCUCCUCUUCUAAUUCUCUUUCUAUCUCUAAACUCAACUGUACUCCUUCGCUUUUGGCUUCUAGAACUUUCAGGGACACAAGAAGGUUCUCCAUUGCUGCUUCUUCUUUUGCUAACGAAAAUCGAGAGUAUGUGAUCGUUGGAGGUGGAAAUGCAGCGGGAUACGCAGCGAAGACGUUCGUCGAAAAUGGAUUUGCUGAUGGCAAACUUUGUAUUGUUACUAAAGAGGCAUACGCACCAUAUGAGCGUCCAGCUUUGACAAAGGGUUACUUGUUUCCGUUGGAUAAAAAGCCAGCACGACUACCUGGUUUUCAUACCUGUGUUGGAUCUGGUGGUGAAAGGCAAACUCCAGAAUGGUAUCACGAGAAGGGGAUUGAGAUGAUUUAUGAGGACCCAGUGACCAAUAUUGAUGUUGAUAAGCAUACUCUACAAACACAGUCAGGAAAAUCAUUGAAGUAUGGGUCACUUAUAAUAGCAACUGGCUGCACGGCAACAAGAUUUCCAGAAAAAAUUGGAGGAAACUUACCUGGGGUGCACUAUAUCCGGGAUGUGGCCGAUGCUGACUCUUUAAUAGAAUCAUUGAAAAAUGCAAAGAAAGUGGUGGUAGUGGGUGGUGGCUAUAUUGGCAUGGAAGUUGCUGCUGCAGCCGUGGGCUGGAAUCUUGAUACCACGGUUAUAUUUCCUGAACACCAUCUUUUGCAAAGAUUGUUUACUCCCUCACUAGCAAGGAAGUAUGAAGAGCUGUAUGAACAAAACGGUGUCAAAUUUGUGAAGGGUGGUAUGAUUAAAAACCUGGAGGCUGGUUCUGAUGGAAGAGUGGCUGCUGUUAAACUUGAAAAUGGCUCUACCAUUGAAGCAGAUGCAAUAGUUAUUGGUAUAGGAGCUAAACCUGCUAUUGGUCCUUUUGAAAAAGUUGGCUUAGAUACGACUGUUGGGGGAAUUCAAGUUGAUGGUCUAUUUCGCACAAAAGUUCCGGGAAUUUUUGCCAUUGGAGAUGUUGCAGCAUUUCCGUUGAAGAUGUAUGACCGUGUUGCUCGUGUUGAACAUGUGGAUCAUGCCCGCAAAUCUGCUCAGCAUUGUGUCAGUGCGCUUUUGACUGCUCGAACUUCCCCAACAUAUGAUUAUCUUCCUUAUUUCUACUCGAGAGUAUUUGAGUAUGAAGGAAGCCCAAGAAAAGUAUGGUGGCAAUUUUUUGGGGACAAUGUUGGAGAGACAGUUGAGGUUGGGAACUUUGACCCCAAAAUUGCUACAUUCUGGAUAGACUCUGGGAGACUAAAAGGUGUUCUUGUUGAAAGUGGUAGCCCUGAGGAAUUCCAACUUCUUCCGAAGCUUGCAAAGGCUCAACCAUUUGUAGAUAAAGCCAAGCUGCAAAGUGCAUCUUCAGUAGAGGAGGCCUUAGAAGUUGCUCACAAAUCACUGCAGGCUGGGGCAACAGUUUAGUUAUUUUUUUUACUCGUUUGUGGCGUAAAGGCCAGACUAUCAAAUUUACGGAUAUUAGCAGAUAAUGAAGAGAGGGGUGGAGUGAGAGUGCAGGUGGUUUAGGGUGAAACUGCCAGAGUGUUGAACUGUUGAUCCUGUGUGCAACCACGGCUUUCGAGAAGAAAAUUUCUAAAAAUAAAAACGUGUCACGGUAUUCCUUUCUGUUCAUUUAUUGAUAUAGUCUGGGAAGAGCUUCAAGUUAAUAACAAAUGUUGAUUUGUAAAACUACUAUAGCAAGCCACCAAAGCAAAACCACAUUUGAUGCAUUUUCUUUAC